AGGGUGAGCAGAGAAGGGGAGGGGGUGUGUGUAUCUGGUUUCAUAGCAUCAUGGGUGGUGAAGCUCUUAUUACAAAGAGGUUAUACUGUCAAAGCCACUGUUCGUGACCCAAAUGAUCCAAAGAAAACAGAACACUUACUCACACUUGAUGGAGCAAAAGAAAGGCUACAUUUGUUUCAAGCAGAUUUGUUAGUUGAAGGAUCUUUUGACCUUGCAGUUGAUGGAUGUGAAGGUGUUUUCCAUACAGCAUCCCCUGUAAUAUUAUUUUCUCCCACUGACCCCCAGGAAGAAUUACUAUACCCUGCAGUGAAGGGCACACUAAAUGUUCUGAAAUCGUGCGUAAAAUUCCCGACUGUCAAGAGGGUAGUUUUAACAUCUUCAAUGGCUUCAGUUCUGAACAACGGAAAACCUUUGACUUCUGAUGUGGUAGUCGAUGAAACAUGGUUUUCAGAUCCACUUGUUUGUGAGGAUUUGGAGGCAUGGUAUUUUCUUUCAAAAACUUUAGCUGAGGAGGCUGCUUGGAAAUUUGCUAAAGGAAAUGGGAUUGACUUAGUUACUCUAAAUCCGGCAUAUGUGAUUGGUCCACUCUUGCAGCCAACUCUUAAUGCCACUGUGGAAAUGGUUCUGAAUCUCAAAAAAGAUAUGCAAGAAGCAAACAAACCAAAUUAUAUAUCUACUGAUGUUAGAGAUGUUGCCUACACCCAUAUACAAGCAUUUGAAGUUCCUUCAGCUAAUGGAAGAUACUGUUUAGUUGGACAUGUUACACCCGUUUUCGAGGCUUUGAAGAUUUUACAACAACUUCAUCCCAUUUUUUGCCCACCUGAAAAAUUUGAGGAUGGCAGUCCUUCUGAACCCACGUUUCAAGUAUCGCAGGAAAAAGCAAAAAGCUUGGGAGUUAGUUUCCUUCCAUUGGAAGUAAGUCUUAGGGACACUGUUGAAAGUCUCAAGGAGAAGGGCUUCCUCUCAAGAUAGAAACUUCCUAAUUUAAUGCACAAGUUGGUCACAUUUUGGCAUUUUGUAGUUUGUCUUCAGACUGUUCAGUUUUGUUCUUGUUCAGACUGUUCUCAUUGACUAGGCAAAUUCUUAGAAAGUUGCUUUCAGAUCUUUAUA